UAAAUCUCCAUAUUCAGCUGGUUUUUGUUGUAGUUUUCUUCAUUCAUCUUCUCUGUUGCAUUGGAAAACUAAGCCUGUCAAGAAGUGAUUCAGUCUGACAAAGAUGGUUGGUUUUGCAGAAAUUAAAGUUGGAGGAGUGCAAGAGCUCUCUCUUACUCACCACCCUGACCCUGUUGUGUUGGAACUCAACCGUUUGCAGAACCAGCUCAAAGAGAAGGACAUGGAGUUUGGGGUUGCUCAGGGCGAAAUCAAGGCAUUGCAAGCGACAGAUGUCAUGAAGGAUAAGGCUAUGGAAGAGCUCAGAAAUGAAGUGAAGAAGUUGCAUGAGAAGCUUUCUGUGACUGAAAGUCUCCUUGAACAUAAGAAUCUGGAAAUCAAGAAGCUAACAAAUGAGAAGAGAGAUGCAUUGGCUGCUCAAUAUGCUGCAGAAGCUACUCUUAGGAGGGUGCAUGCAAAUCUAAAGGAUGAUUAUUCUGUGCCAAUUGAAUCUGUUCUUGCCCCUUUGGAGGCAGAGGUGAAGAUGUAUAAACAUGAGGUUGCAGCACUUCAAGAGGAUAAGAAGGCAUUGGAACGUCUCACUAAGUCGAAAGAGUCAGCUCUUGUUGAAGCGGAAAAGAUUUUGCGAAGUGCUUUGGAAAGAGCUUUGAUAGUUGAGGAGGUUCAAAACCUGAACUUUGAAUUGAAGAGACAGAUUGAGAUUUGCCAGGAGGAGAACAGAAUCCUUGAGAAAACCAAUCGUCAAAAGGUCUUAGAGGUCGAAAAGCUUAGCCAAACCAUUAAAGAACUUGAGGAGGCUGUUUUGGCUGGUGGGGCUGCAGCCAAUGCUGUUCGUGACUUUAGGCGACAGAUUUCUGAACUAAAUGAGGAAAAGAGGACCUUGGAGAGGGAGUUGUCCAGAGUUAAAGUUUCAGCCAACCGCGUAGCAACUUUGGUCGCUAAUGAGUGGAAGGAUGAGAAUGACAAAGUUAUGCCUGUUAGGCAAUGGUUGGAAGAGAGAAGAUUGAUGCAGGCAGAAAUGCAAAGAUUGAAAGACAAACUAGCAAUAUCAGAGAGAACAGCCAAAGCAGAAGCACAAUUGAAGGAUAAAUUGAAGCUGAGGCUAAACACAUUGGAAGAAGGCUUAAGGCAUGUGUCAAGUUUCUCAGUGAAUCCGAAUGUGCUUUGUGGAUCCCAAAAAACAGACAAGUCCAGUAACAUUCUAAGAUUCUUAACACCAAAUGGUGGACUAAGGAAGAGGUCUACAUCACAGCCAAGGGCUUCAACUGUCAACAGAAACUCUCUAUUGCAGCAGCCGAACAUUGAAAAUGGAACAGUCAGUGCUACCAGAGGACUAAACAAACCUGAUAAUUUGAAAAAAAGAGAGAAUAUGCUGAGAAAAAGUAUGUGGCCAUCAAGAAGUAAAGUCAUUGAUAGCAGUGGAAAGGAAAAUACUGAUGUGAAGGAGAAUACAGACACCUAUGUUGAAAAGUUUAAGGAGGAUGAUACAACUGUUCCAGCAGAAGUCAGAAACAGAACUGGUGGCAGCCUCGAGGACUUGCAGAAUAACAGGAGGGAAAAUGCAAAUCCUGAUAGUGAAGACAUGGUUUCUGGGGUCCUAUAUGACAGACUUCAAAGGGAAGUCAUACAAUUAAGGAAGUUUUGUGAGGCUAAAGAAAAUAGCUUGAAUGCCAAAGAUCAGGAAAUUAAGAUGCUGAUGAAGAAGGUUGACGCGCUAACAAAAGCCAUGGAAAUUGAGUCCAAGAAAGUUAAGAGAGAAGCUGCAGCUAGAGAAAAGGAAGCUAAAUCAAUGAAGCCAGAUGACACCAAAAAUACCAGAAGCAUAAGCUCCUCUAGAAGUAGGGGAACCAAAGCACCUUGAAGGUUCCUUGGCAGGGAGGCAUUGAAGCUUUCAGGAUUUAUUAUCCUUACCUAUAAUUGUAUCAGAUUUUUAAUGUAAAUAUGGAUUGCUCUACUGAUGAUAGCUAGUUGAAAUAAGAUAUGAAAAUUGCGCGAGAAGGGGAAGCUGACAUUGUAACUUCCUAAAAUUGUGUUGAAUAUUGCUUUUCCAAUGAGUGUCAAAUAUGGUAUGUAUAUAAAGCUCAGACUACAAUUACCAGUUCCUCAAGUGAUGAUUCUAAACCUCCAGAGUAAUGGAUGCCAGAAUCCAAUUCUGAAUGUUUUCAUUCAUCAGUCUGGGGACUAAUAAGAACAGAGUGAAACAAGAUUUCCAGAAUUCUAGAUCUUAUCUCUUUCUCAUUA